UGAGAAUAUGGACAAGCAUUUAUAUCAGGGAGUUUUAAUUCAAAGCAGCUUACAGGUGUAUGAAUGGCAUCUUUAGGCUACAUAAAACCUUAAACACCAAAGCUGACAUGAGUUUAUACGAGAAUAACUCGAUUGUGCGUCCUGAAUACUUUUUCAUCCUUGGACUUUCAGGUAUACCAAACAGCAGUUACUAUUAUAUUUUCUUAUUUAUUAUAUACUGUAUCACUGUAAUUGGGAACUCUUUAGUUCUUUUAAUUAUAGCUCUUGACCGGAGUCUGCACAGUGCAAAGUACUUGUGUGUGUUUAACUUGGCCUUGGCUGAUUUUGGUGAGACUAAUGCAGUGAUUCCUAACAUGUUGAAGACUUUUCUGUUUGACUCUCAGUACAUCUCUUAUAAUGCUUGUUUGGCCAAUAUGUUUUUUGUGAACUACUUUAUAAAUGUGCAAAGUGCCACUCUUGUUGUCUUGGCAUUUGAUCGUGUCAUUGCAAUUUGCUUGCCGCUAAGAUAUCAUAGCAUAGUAAAUAAUAUUGUCAUGUUAAUCGUAUUUUUUGGAAUAUGGACAUUGAACACUUUAGUUGUGGCUCUUUCAGUGUCUUUGAUGACUAGACUGUCAAUCUGUAAAUCUAAUGUGGUAGAGAGUUAUUAUUGUGACUAUGGACCAGUGUUGAGGUUAGCAUGUAAUGACAGUACAGUUAAUAAGAUAAUAACAAAUGUUAUUGCAGUUAUGUCCCUGGUAGCACCUGUGAUCCUUAUUGUUCUUUCAUAUCUAGGUAUUUUUUUUGCCUUAAGUAAAAUUACGACUUGGGAAGGACGUUUAAAAGCUCUGAAGACCUGUGUUUCUCAUCUUUUGAUAGUUGGAUUAUUCUUUCUUCCUGUAAUAUGCAUUUUUAUUGCUUCAUCUACUAGUACUCUCACUCCCAAUGUCAGGAUCAUUAGCACAUCUCUUUCAUUUACUCUUCCACCAAUGCUAAAUCCUAUCAUUUACGUAUUGAACACAGCUGAAAUUAAAGACACCAUUAGAAAAAAGUUUAAAAAACGGAUAUUUACAUAGUUAAAAGUGUGUGAAUUGUACUCUUUGUGUUUGUAUUCACUCCAAAACAAAGCAAACUGAAAACAGCUAAAUUUUUUAGUAAGUUUGAAUAUAUUUUUAGACAAAAAAAUUAACUUUUAAAUCUUUUAUGAUCACUAAAUGGGUUAAUUCAGAUAAAUGUGAUAACUUUUUUAUAUAACCAUCUGAUGAAACACAAUAAUGAAACAAUAUUUCAGGAUAUAUUUCAAAUUGAAUGUGUAACCCAGGAUUAGCAGGAGAUUGUUUACUUUGCUUUUGUUAUCUUCUCAUUUCUUUUUUUUCCCCUGUGCAUUAAUUUAUGAAAAUAAAUGACCAUUUAUCAUGUU